UCUCUAAAAGAAACAAAAUAAGAAGCUCCUAUUCACAAACUAGAAAGAGGAGAAAAGGCAUAACAAGAGAGAGAUGGAUUCUCUGAAGAUGUUGAAAGGUUAUGGUAAAGUAGAACACCACCUCGAAGAUCAUCGUAACCCCAAACCCAAACCUAAAUUCUCCAAGCCCUUCAUCGCCGCAAUUUCCGUCUUCGCAAUCCUCUUCCUUACUCUCACCUUCGCAUUCGCCCUAGCAUCCAUGCUGCACCACAGUCACCACACCGAGUCACAACAACAACUUCUCAACUCGGCCGAGUCGAUCCGAGUCGUCUGCAACGUCACUCGCUUCCCUGGCGCGUGCCUCGCCGCCAUCCCGCCCUCCGCCAACGCCACAAACCCCCAAGCGAUCCUCUCCCUCUCCCUCCGCGCGUCGCUCCACGCGCUCCAUAGCCUCAAUUCCUCGCUAGGAACGAAGAAUUCACGCGCGCUCGCCGACUGCAGGGACCAGCUGGACGACGCGUUGGGUCGACUCAACGACGCGCUGUCGGCCGCGGCGGCGCUCACGGAGGCGAAGAUCUCCGACGUUCAGACGUGGGUGAGCGCGGCGAUCACCGACCAACAAACGUGCCUCGACGGAUUGGAAGAGGUUGGUGACGUGGCAGCGAUGGAAGAGAUGAAGAAAAUGAUGAAGAGGUCGAACGAGUACACCAGUAACAGUUUGGCUAUUGUCGCUAAUAUUCGCAACUUGUUACAACGGUUCCACAUGGCGCUACAUUGAAGUUGAAGUUGAAGAUUUUCAAAUCGCUACAUUUUUUUUGUGGUUUUAUAUAUAUAUAUAUAUAUGUGGAUUUUGUGUAUUGGGUGGAUGAAUAUGUGAUGCUUAAUUAGUCAUUUAAUUUUAUAAUAUGUAUGUGGCUAUACGAAAAAUGUUGUAUUAACACUUUUAAUUAA